AGAAAUCAGCGGGCCAGAGGUUGUACAGGGGCUCUGCGGUUGGCGUGGCUGAGGUUGAGGCCACAAGUUACUGAGGAAGUUAAUUGUUGACAGGAGCUUCGUACUCGGCUCACAACCACACACAGUGGGCUUCCUGCCAGUACCCCGCUUGCCCCUGGGCCUAACCCUGCCCUGGAGGCGGACUGGCGGGCGAGGCGAGAGGCGGAACGCCCGAGGGCGCCCUCGGCUGGCGCGGAGCUGCGCAGGAGGCUGACGCGCUGGCGUGGCUCUAAGACUCGUCACCCGCGCUCCGGGCAAGCCAUGGCGGGAAGCGAGCCGCGCAGCGGAACUAGCUCGCCGCCUCCGCCCUUCAGCGACUGGGGCCGCCUGGAGGCGGCCAUCCUCAGCGGCUGGAAGACCUUCUGGCAGUCAGUGAGCAAGGAGAGGGUGGCGCGUACGACCUCGCGGGAGGAGGUGGAUGAGGCGGCCAGCACCCUGACGCGGCUGCCGGUGAGCGUCGGCCGCAGGCCGCAGAGGACAGUGGGGCCGGCCCGGGCCGGAGGGACCUCCCCUGGAGCCCCCCGGGGCCUGGGGAACUCCUGCGCCCCAACCUGGGUCUGGCUCCGUCCAUGCAGCCAUUCCUGGCAGUGUAGUCACCGAGAAGCUACAGUUGACCAGAAGCGUCUUGGCAUGGACCCUGGUGCUCCGCAGGGGGCCCGAACAUCUCAGGGAAGCACCUUCACGGGGCCCCUGGGGACCCUCCCGAUUGCCCUCAGGUUUUCCACCCCCAAAACAGGCACAUGUGACUAGGACACCUUGAAUGUCCGGUUAUGGAAAUGAGACCGUUCCCAACUUGCUGAUUAGCUUGGGAAAGCAUUCCAGCGUCCGUGUUCCCAGCGUCUUUGAUUCCGGAUCAUUGUACCAAAACACCUGGAGGGCAAAGGUUUUUACCCUCUCAAGAGGACAUUGUGCCUGUGGCUGUUAUUGUAGAUUUGAAGAAACAAAACUGCCCCUCAGUUGAAAAUAAAUGACUUAAGUUACAAGUGCCUGAAGUUACAUCAAGGCCAAGAGAAUGAUACACAUAAUUUAUUGUUAAACUUUGGGGUAGAUAGGUUAAAUGAAGAGAACAAAAAUUAUUGAAAAUUGUUACAAUUCUUUGUCUCAUUUGGACUAUUCACACCUCCCUCCAAUGUGUAUAUCAACGUGAAAACUGCAGCUUUAGAAUGCUUCCCAAGUUUCUCCUCCUUGCAGAGAUUGAUGUACAGCUGUAUAUUUUGUCCUUUCUUUCACCUCAUGAUCUGUGUCAGUUGGGAAGUACAAAUCAUUAUUGGAAUGAAACUGUAAGAGAUCCAAUUCUGUGGAGAUACUUUCUGUUGAGGGAUCUUCCUUCUUGGUCUUCUGUUGACUGGAAGUCUCUUCCAGAUCUAGAAAUCUUAAAAAAGCCUAUAUCUGAGGUCACUGAUGGUGCAUUUUUUGACUACAUGGCAGUCUAUAGAAUGUGCUGUCCAUAUACAAGAAGAGCUUCAAAAUCCAGCCGUCCUAUGUAUGGAGCUGUCACUUCUUUUUUACACUCCCUCAUCAUUCAGCAUGAACCACGAUUUGCUAUGUUUGGACCAGGUCUGGAAGAAUUGAAUACCUCUUUGGUGUUGAGCUUGAUGUCUUCAGAGGAACUUUGCCCAACAGCUGGUUUGCCUCAGAGGCAGAUUGAUGGUAUUGGAUCAGGAGUCAAUUUUCAGUUGAACAACCAACAUAAAUUCAACAUUCUAAUCUUAUAUUCAACUACCAGAAAGGAAAGAGAUAGAGCAAGGGAAGAGCAUACAAGUGCAGUUAACAAGAUGUUCAGUCGACAGAAUGAAGGUGAUGAUCAACAAGGAAGCCGGUACAGUGUGAUUCCACAGAUUCAAAAAGUGUGUGAAGUUGUAGAUGGGUUCAUCUAUGUUGCAAAUGCUGAAGCUCAUAAAAGACAUGAAUGGCAAGAUGAAUUUUCUCAUAUUAUGGCAAUGACAGAUCCAGCCUUUGGGUCUUCGGGAAGACCAUUGUUGGUUUUAUCCUGUAUUUCUCAAGGGGAUGUAAAAAGAAUGCCCUGUUUUUAUUUGGCUCAUGAGCUGCAUCUGAAUCUUCUAAAUCACCCAUGGCUGGUCCAGGAUGCAGAGGCUGAAACUCUGGCUGGUUUUUUGAAUGGCAUUGAGUGGAUUCUUGAAGAAGUGGAAUCUAAGCAUGCAAGAUGAUUCUCUUUUCAGAUCUUGGGAACUGAAACCAUUUGAAAUUUAUUACUAAGGUCAUGAUGUGAAUAUUUGCUCAGUCAGCCCACCUUGUCCUGCCUUUUUGCAGAUGGGUCUUAAUUUGGACAGCUAUAACUGCUGUGUUUUUUAUAUUAUUUUUAUUCUUUACCAUAAAUCAAUUACAAGAAAAGAGUUUCAGGCCUAGUAUUUAGCCCCAAAAUGAACCUUUAAACAUUUUUUUGGUAAUUUUUAUAUUUUCUGUCUUUUUAAAAAUAUUAAAUUCUGGAAAAAACAA